AUGGACGUUCCGUAUGAGAGACUACUUCAGGUAGUGUUCUGCGAUGCAUUGGCUCUUAUAUUUUCGGGCCACUAUUGUUACUACCUAUUUCUUUUGAUAGACAGAUACGCCAAGUUGAAUAAAUUUUUGAGCGAUGUAAAAACCCGACAAGCUUGGGAGUACACAAUCUUCAUACGAGACAAGCCUAACAUUGAAAAAGCUAAUUUGCUGCAGGAGAAGUAUAUAUGUAAGAAGAUCCAGAUGUGCGCCAAUUUAUAUUGCAUGCAGUAUAAUGCUGCCAACCAAGUGUGCAAGAAAUAUGGCUUUGGUCUGGUCCUGACGACGACUCUAGCAGUGAACAAUAUCAUAUUGUACUUGUUUUAUUUCAUGGAGGCCACUGCUUCUGGCUUAUUCAAUGAUUUGAAAAGAUACAUUUACUUUCUGUUUUAUGUGUUUUGGCAAACUGCAUAUUCGACUGGGAUAAUUUUUAUGGCUGUUUACUUCUCGGAAAAAGCAGUAGCAAAGGCUACCGAUGCAAUUUACAUCACCCAUAAUAUCAUUAACAGUAAUCCGAGCCCAGCAAUAACAAAAGAAGCAAAAACUAUGUCGUCACAACCAACCCCAACUGCGGCACAACUUGCCCCAGCAAGGGUUCAGUUGUGCAUUACGACCGCAGUUUAUAACAAUGACUUAAAAGUGUGGGGAUUUACUGGCCUCCCCGUGGACUUCUUGAGGGAACGACGAAAGACACUUUCCGCUAUUUUGUUUCACUUGUCAACACUUGUGCAUGUUCCCGAACACUUAGUGGUUAAUAAUCCACCAUUAUUAGACACUAACAUCCGCCACAACACAAUUUUUACAAGAAAAACAAAACUGCUAAAGUGA